AUGCGGCUUGGGCUGUGUGUGGUGGCCCUCGUUCUGAGCUGGAUGCACCUCACCGCCAGCAGCCGGGGGAUCAAGGGGAAGAGACAGAGGCGGAUCAGUACCGAGGGGAACCAGGCCUGCGCCAAGGGCUGUGAGCUCUGCUCUGAGGUCAACGGCUGCCUCAAGUGCUCGCCCAAGCUGUUCAUCCUGCUCGAGAGGAGUGACAUCCGCCAGGUGGGCGUCUGCUUGCCAUCCUGCCCGCCUGGAUACUUUGAUGCCCGCAACCCCGACAUGAACAAGUGCAUCAAGUGCAAGAUUGAGCACUGUGAGGCCUGCUUCAGCCACAACUUCUGCACCAAGUGCAAGGAGAACUUGUACUUGCACAAGGGCCGCUGCUACCCAGCCUGUCCCGAGGGCUCCACGGCCGCCAACGGCACCAUGGAGUGCAGCAGUCCUGCUCAAUGUGAAAUGAGUGAGUGGUCCCCGUGGGGGCCAUGCUCCAAGAAGAAGAAGCUCUGUGGUUUCCGGAGGGGUUCUGAGGAGCGGACGCGGAGGGUGCUCCACGCCCCAGCAGGAGACCAUGCUGUCUGCUCUGACACCAAAGAGACCCGCAGAUGCACAGUGCGGAGAACACCAUGUCCUGAGGGGCAGAAGAGGAGGAAGGGAGGCCAGGGCCGGCGGGAGAAUGCCAACAGGAACCUGAACAGGAAGGAGAACAAGGAGGCAGGGGCUGGCUCCCGGAGACGCAAAGGCCAGCAACAGCAAGGGACAGUGGGGCCGGCCACAUCUGUGGGGCCCACCUAG